UCCACGGAUGUCCGUGAUACCAUUCGCAUCUACAUGAAUGUGCGCGGUAGAACGCGUGACGGCAAGUUCAUCUAUGCCACGACAAUGAAAGACAAUCUUAAGCCCAAGAAGAAAGGCAACGCCUCUGAGGUGAAGGAGGAGAGUCAGACGAUCGGGAGUCAGGCGAAGAAGCGGGCGAAGAUCGAGAGCAAUCCUGGCGUCUCAAGUGUGUCGAGUGUCUCGGAGGAGGAUCCUGUUUUCACGAUCUGCCUCCGUUUGCUCAACAGGGUCACCUACCCGUUCCUGAGCGACGGCGUGGCUUCCAUGCUAUCAAACAUGGUGGAGUCUCAGUAUGACCCGCUGGGGCUUGUGGAGGGCGACCUGGACUAUCGCGAUGAAGAUGAAAAACGAAACAAGGACGUUAGUUCGUAUGCAAAGUUGUCGCUUACCGCGACGCGCGACAAGUUGUUGCAGAACGCCCGUAAAGCACUAGCGUACGCGCCGGGUGACAAGGAAGAAGAGUGA